GUGACGUAUAUUGUGCUCAAAUUCGUCUGGGUUUGGCUGGAUUUUUUUUUUUCUGGGUUUUGAAGUUUCCCUCUUCUCUUACGUUUCAAAGUUAUCUUUUCUUGAGCUAGUAUUAUAUUUUUAUGCUCUGAUUGAUUGAUCAUGCUGCAUCAGUGAAAUUGAUUUUCAUUUCAAGAAAAAAAAUUUUUGGAUGAAUGAGUUCUCAGUUUAUUAUUUUGAAGAGUUGCAGCGUGUUAAAUUCUAGGAAAAUUUCAACAAAAAAAAAAUGACAUUUUGGGUUUAUUUUCUCUAACUUUAUUCUUGGUUGAUUGGGAGGUCAAUUUCGUUGCUUUGGUAGGAAAAAGUAUUUAAACUUUACUCUUACAAAUUAAAUGGCUUAAGUGUUUAUGUUUUAUUCCUCAUCCAAGGACAGUGGAAGUAAUAUUUGCAUGAACGAUAUGUUGUUUAAGUUUCUGAAUCACUUCUAACUUUGUAUGUCUUACCGUCGAUGUUAUUUUAGAAGAAUAUCAAGUGUACUGAAACAUUAUGAGACUUAAGAAUUGGAUGAAAAAGUGGGGAGUUGGCGCUGGGGAGAGAUUGUGGAAGAUGAUGAAGUGUAUUCGUUCGGGGGAGCAGUUAAGAGUAGAUGACAUGGUUGCUUCAUCGGAGUCCUUGGCAACUAGGGACUACUCAGCGAGUGGUUAUUCCUCUCGAGCUGGUGAGAUAGAUACAAAGAUUGAUAAUAGCAACAUUGAGGAAGCAGAGUCAUCUCUUCGCGAGAGUGGUUAUCUCAACUAUGAGGAGGCAAGAGCAUUGUUGGGAAGGCUUGAGUAUCAGAAAGGAAAUAUAGAAGCAGCACUUCAUGUGUUUGAAGGAAUCGACAUUCCUGCUGUGACAUCCAAGAUGAAAGUCUCAAUUUCUAGAAAGUGUGAACAAAACCGACGCCGUUCUCAAAGUGAUGAUGCCCCAACUAUGUCUGUGCAUGCUAUUAGUUUACUUCUUGAAGCUAUUUUUCUGAAAACAAAAUCACUGCAGUGUCUUGGAAGGUUUAGAGAAGCUGCUCAAUCAUGUAAAGUGAUUUUGGAUACUGUUGAGUCUGCAUUGCCAGAGGGCCUGCCUGAGAACUUUCCUACAGAUCAUAAACUACAAGAAAUUCUAAACAAAGCUGUUGAAUUACUUCCAGAGCUGUGGAUGCUUGCUGGGGCUCCACAGGAAGCUAUCUUAUCAUACCGGCGGGCACUACUCUAUCAUUGGAAUCUGGAGACGGAAACCACAACCAAGAUUGAAAAAGAUUUUGCUACUUUUCUUUUGUAUAGCGGUACUGAGGCAAGCCCUCCAAAUCUCCGUUUGCAGGUGGAAGGAUCAUUUGUGCCAAGAAACAAUAUAGAAGAGGCUGUUCUUUUGUUAUUGAUUCUGUUAAGAAAAUUUGCUUACAGAAGGAUUGGAUGGGAUCCAAUGAUCAUUGAUCACCUUUCUUUUGCCCUGUCUGUUUCUGGGGAACUAAAGGCACUAUCCCAUCAGAUAGAAGAGUUGCUCCCUGGAACCAUGGAGAGAAGAGAAAGAUAUUGCACUCUAGCUCUCUGUUACCAUGGAGAGGGUGAGGAUACGGUGGCUUUGAAUCUUUUGAGGAAUUUACUUAAUAACAGAGAGAAUCCAGAUUGCAUACUUGAAUUAUUACUGGCUUCAAAGAUUUGUGCAGAGAAUAUGAUUUGUGUCGAAGAAGGGAUGACAUACACUUCCAAAGCACUUUCUGAAUUGCAUGGUAUAUGUGGCCAGAUGGUAAGUGUGGCAAACUGCUUGCUGGGUCUUUUACUGUCAACUCAGUCCAGAUCAGUUCCUUCUGAUACUGAGAGGACUUCUAAGAAGUCUGAAGCACUUGAGGCGCUUGAAACUGCUGAGAAGAUAAUGAGGGAAAGAGAUUCUCAUAUCAUUUUCCAUCUUAGCCUAGAAAAUGCUGAGCAGCGGAAGUUGGAUAUUGCACUUCAUUAUGCAAAGCAGCUUUUGAAACUGGAGGCUGGAUCUAGUGUUAGAAGUUUCAUCCUUUUAGCGCGAAUAUUGUCAGCUCAAAAACGGUUUAUUGAUGCGGAGACAGUAAUCAAUGCUGCUCUAGAUCAGACUGGGAAGUGGGACCAAGGAGAACUGUUACGAACCAAAGCUAAACUCCAGAUUGCUCAGGGCCAGUUAAAGGAUGCCAUACAGACCUAUACUCAUCUUCUUGCUGUUGUCCAAGUUCGAACUAAAACCUUUGGUGGUGGAAAGAAGCUUCUAAAGAGUAGAGGAAACCAUGACAGAAGAUUGGAAAUGGAAACAUGGCAUGAUCUAGCUAAUGUGUACACAGGUUUGUCUCAAUGGUGGGAUGCUGAAGUCUGUCUUACAAAAUCCAAGGCUAUCAGUCCUUACUCUGCUUCAAGAUGGCACACCACAGGUUUACUCUAUGAAGCAAAGGGUUUGCACCAAGAUGCUCUGAAAUCAUUCAGAGCAGCAUUAGAUGUUGACCCCACUCAUGUCCCAAGUUUGAUAUCUACUGCUAGUGUCCUCAGACUGCUUGGUAGCCAAUCGAAGCCCAUUAUCAGAAGCUUUCUUACUGAUGCUCUUCAACUCGACAAUAUGAACCACUCUGCAUGGUACAAUCUGGGGCUGCUCUGCAAGGAUGAUGCCAGUGCAUCAGCACUUGAGGCAGCGGAAUGCUUCCAGGCUGCAGCUGUUUUGGAAGAAUCUGCACCAGUUGAACCCUUCAGAUGACACAAGACGUACGUUUUGUCUCUGUAAGUUCUCGUGUAGUUUUAAAUUAUUACUUUGAAAAGGUUAUUCCAUACCUAGGCAUGUUGUUGAAAGUUUUGUUGGAUGAUACUGGAAGUGCAAAAGCGGGAAAAAGAAUAGAUGGGAGAAAAAGAAAGAAGUGUUAUGUAGUUGUUUGCUUCACUGAAAGUCAGAUCCCACUUGUUGUAAUCUUUAACUUAAUUAAGCUUAUAUUAAUGAAAGAGUAAAUUUAUAUGUA